CUUUAGUUGCUGACGUGCCCAAGGGUAGCAAUGUGUUAGGCGCUAUUUCUUAUUCGUCCUGUUCUUUAUCGGACGAGAGUUCAUUGACGUCGGUUGUUCCUGACGUACAUGACAUAAAAACUUCGCCAUUAAAUUCACGUGAUCAUAAUCAAUUCCAUGGAAAUUCUAUUGAAAUCGAAUCGAAUCUGAUACAGCCUAACGAAGGAUAUCGAAAUCAAUUCAUGAAAGAAAUGGAAGUUAGAAACGCAAUUUGGGGAGCUGCCUCAUAUACUUUAGAAGAGUUCGAAGCAAUUCAAGCUAACCUAACUAAACAAUUAGGGCCAGAGUAUGUUAGCAGUCGUCCAGGUCCUGGUGGAGGCGGCAAAGUAAUUUAUUUAGAAGGUUGGAAAGCAAUGAAUUUAGCUAAUGACAUUUUUGGCUUUAAUGGAUGGUCGUCAAGUAUAAUCAAUAUAACGGUUGAUUUUGUUGAUUGCAAUCAAGAAACUGGAAGAUUUUCUAUUGGUGUAGCGGUUACAUGCAGAGUAACCCUCAAGGAUGGAACAUAUCAUGAGGAUAUCGGUUAUGGUUCCUGUGAAAAUAUGAAAAGCAAAGCUGGUGCUUUCGAAAAGGCAAAAAAAGAGGCAGCCACGGAUGCAUUGAAACGUGCUUUAAGAAUGUUCGGAAAUGUAAUGGGUAAUUGCAUGUAUGAUAAAAAAUAUGGACAGGAAAUAAUUAAAGUGAAAGUGCCUCCGGUAAAAUUUGCUGUUGAUAAUUUGUAUAGGAAACCGGAGUUUGCUUCAAAAGAAACACCUAUUUCUGGACCUUCCAUGACAAUAAAUAAUACAAAAUCGGACGAAAAUAGAUAUUUGGAUCAAAGGACAGAUUUAAAACAAAGGGAAGACUAUAAUAUAGGAAAAUCAACUCAGUCUAUUGAUCAAAAAACAGUCUCAAACUCUGCACAUCAAUUCCAAAAUUCAGUAAAUAAUGACACAGUUAUCAAAAAAGUCGCUGAAAAUUAUUCCGUCAAGUCAACACAAAACUCUGAUAACUUUCCAUUAGCGCCCAGUAGACUAACUAAUCCAGAAGAUAUUGAAGUCCAAUUAAGUCCAUCUGCGAUCAAGGCACAAUAUGACGCCUUAGACUCUCAGUAUGCGCAUUUAUUUUCUGAAUUCGAUGAUUUAUCACCGCAAAUUGACUCUGUUUUCUUUAUCGAGCAUGAGGAUGAGUCGGAUCGUUUUAAAGAUGCUUCAGUUGGACAAAUAAAUAAUUCACCUUGUCCAACACGUGAUACACAAAGUCAUCAAUUUUCUUCAUUAAAUCAAAUCUUACAGGUGGAACAGAACAACCUAUCAUCUAAUAAGUUAGAAGCAAAAAAUAAGACUUACGAACAUCAAGAACAUCAAGCAUUACAGUUUGAUUCUGUUAAUGAUAAUCAUGAAUCUAAUAAGCGGUCUUUUUUAAAAAAUAACGCUUCAUUCGACUCUGAUUCUAAGUGGAAUACAUUAAGUAACGAAAGACGAGAUAUCCAACAAAUAAAAACAUUUCAACUUGUUGAAUCAUCGAGAAAGUCUCAGAGGAUUGAUAAUUCGAAUAACUUCAGGAAUAGCGAUUAUGAUAAUUUUAAUAACAAUGAAGUCUCAUUAGGAGCGAAUACACUGGGGAAUUCUAGACAAAUAGCUGGAAUCAAAAGAUUUGCUGAUAGUAUGUCCAGUACAGGAUUGUCAUCAGGACGAAUUGAUUCAAACAAUCGAUCUACUUUGUAUGGGCAUACUGGACAAAUGACAAAAAAAACUAGAGCUGUUUAA